AGGUCGGUUUUAUUUAGAGGCGGUGCCCGGCUGCCGAGAGGCGUCCGGUGACACUCCAGUGCCACUCCGCCGACUUGGGGGCCCCCGCAGCCGGCGCCACCGCCCUGCCCGCCGCCGCCACCCGCCGGAGCCGCCCCCUCCCCUAGGACCCCCCCCACCCCCUUCCUCCUCCUCCUCUAACAGCCGCCGCCCCCCUCCCCAAAAGGAAAAAAAAAAAAAAAAAAAAGAUUUAAAAAAAGGGGGAAAAAUAGGAAAAAGCAAAAAAAAAAAAGAGGGAAAAAAAGGGGGUUAGAAAAGAAAAAAAAAAAAAAAAAAAAGAGAGAAGCCCUCCAGGCGAGCCCCCGGCCCGGCUGCGGGGCGGCAGAGCGCGGCCGGAGCCCGACGGCGCGGGCGCACGGUGGAGCCCCCCCGGGAGCCGCGCUCCGAGCCCCGGCGCGCCGCCGCCCGCCCGCCGCCCCCCGCCGCCGCCGCCACCAUGAACAAGCUGUACAUCGGGAACCUAAACGAGAACGUGACUCCGGCCGACUUGGAGAAAGUCUUCAACGACCACAAGAUCUCCUUCAGCGGGCAGUUCCUGGUCAAGUCCGGCUAUGCCUUUGUGGACUGCCCCGACGAGCAGUGGGCCAUGAAAGCCAUCGAAACUUUUUCGGGGAAAGUGGAGCUUCAUGGAAAACAGCUAGAGAUUGAACAUUCAGUACCUAAAAAGCAAAGGAGCCGGAAAAUUCAAAUCCGAAACAUCCCACCCCAGCUGCGAUGGGAGGUUCUGGAUGGUUUGCUAGCCCAGUAUGGCACCGUAGAAAACUGCGAGCAAGUAAACACGGACAGCGAGACUGCCGUUGUCAACGUCACCUAUGCCAACCGGGAGCAGACCAGGCAAGCCAUCAUGAAGCUGAACGGGCACCAGCUGGAGAACCACGCGCUGAAAGUCUCCUACAUCCCUGACGAGCAGUCCAUGCAAGGGCCGGAGAACGGGCGGCGGGGCGGCUUCGGGGCGCGCGGUGCUCCCAGGCAGGGCUCCCCCGUCACUGCUGGGGCACCAGUCAAGCAGCAGCCGGUGGAUAUUCCCCUCCGCCUCCUGGUGCCCACCCAAUAUGUGGGCGCCAUCAUCGGCAAGGAAGGGGCCACCAUCAGGAACAUCACCAAGCAGACGCAGUCCAAGAUCGAUGUGCACCGGAAAGAAAACGCGGGAGCCGCAGAAAAAGCCAUCAGCAUCCAUUCCACUCCCGAGGGCUGCUCCGCCGCCUGUAAGAUGAUUUUGGAGAUCAUGCAGAAGGAGGCAAAGGACACCAAGACAGCUGAUGAAGUGCCUCUGAAAAUCUUGGCCCAUAACAACUUUGUGGGGCGCCUGAUCGGCAAAGAAGGGCGAAACUUGAAGAAAGUGGAGCAGGACACAGAGACAAAAAUCACCAUCUCGUCCUUGCAGGACCUGACUCUGUACAACCCCGAAAGGACUAUCACGGUGAAGGGCUCCAUCGAGAACUGCUGCAAAGCGGAGCAGGAGAUCAUGAAGAAAGUGAGGGAAGCCUAUGAGAACGACGUGGCCGCCAUGAGCUUGCAAUCUCACCUCAUCCCUGGCCUUAACCUGGCGGCGGUUGGCCUUUUCCCUGCCUCCUCCAACGCAGUACCUCCUCCGCCGAGCAGCGUCUCCGGGGCUGCACCGUACAGCUCCUUCAUGCCUCCGGAGCAGGAGACCGUGCACGUCUUCAUCCCCGCGCAGGCGGUCGGUGCCAUCAUCGGCAAGAAGGGCCAGCACAUCAAACAGCUUUCCCGGUUCGCAAGUGCCUCUAUCAAGAUUGCCCCUCCGGAGACGCCGGACUCCAAAGUGCGCAUGGUCGUCAUCACGGGCCCUCCAGAGGCUCAGUUCAAGGCGCAAGGCAGGAUUUACGGGAAGCUGAAGGAGGAAAACUUCUUUGGACCGAAGGAAGAAGUGAAGCUGGAGACGCACAUCCGGGUGCCCGCCUCGGCCGCGGGCAGGGUCAUCGGCAAAGGGGGCAAAACCGUCAACGAGCUGCAGAACCUGACAGCGGCGGAGGUGGUGGUGCCGCGGGAUCAGACCCCCGACGAGAACGAACAGGUCAUCGUGAAGAUCAUCGGGCACUUCUAUGCCAGCCAGAUGGCUCAGCGCAAGAUCCGAGACAUCCUGGCCCAGGUGAAGCAGCAGCACCAGAAGGGACAGAGCGGCCAAACGCAAGCGCGGAGGAAAUAAGAGCAGCACCGACACCAACGUGAAAAGCAGAACAAGCCAAUGCCGGGCUUAAGAGUGGCUGGGAAUCAGUUACCGUAGACAGAUGCUAAUUGUUUCAUUAACUGAUCGAGAUUAAAAGGCAGUUUGAUUGGCUUCCAAGGUAGAUGGCUAGGGUAAAAAAAAAAAAAAAAAAAAAAAAAAAGAAAAGAAAAGAAAAGAAAAGAAAAGAAAAAUCAGGUCUGUUUGUAGCUCCACGUGCCAGGACAGCUACUUAAAUGAAGCGAGAGGUGCUGCAACGUGCCAGGCCAACCGGCUGCUCGGCCGAGGCCGGCGUGGCGCCGGGUGCCCGGGGACGACGGUGAGGUGAAGCCGUGGCCACCGCGGCACUGGGUCCCCUCUCGCGGGUGCAGCAUUUGCCCUCUCAUUUAAGUAGCCCUUGGAGGUCCCGUCCCAGCCGGGCCGCCCGGCGGCUGCAUCCCCCUGACCCCUCCCUCCCUCCCUCCCUCCCCGCGGCUGGUGGAUAUUCCCAGAGCGACGUUAAGCCUUUUGGAGCAUUUAAAUUGGUUUGGGGUUUUUUUUUUUUUCCUAUUUUAAUUCUUUUAUUUUUUUUUUAAGAGAAAUUCCAGUGGAUUCUUACCAACCCCUGUUGGUAAUGAGAUCCAUUGCAGGGGUGGGGCGGAAAAAAAGGAAAGAUAACCCCCCCCCACCUUAGCACCAAAUGGAUUUGGGUCCCUUGGGAGCUCUGCACCGCUCCAGUCUCAGAACCACCGGCGGGUGGGCAGGAGGGCAGGAUUCCUCUUGCCUGUGCUGCCUGCAGUGCAGUGCCUUGUAAAGCCUUAGAAGCCAGGAGAGCACCUCUAUUUUCCAGGAUAAUUUUUGUUUUCUUUCAGUUGUUUGAAUGUUUCUUUUCUUUUUAGGCUAGUUUAAAGACAGAAGGGUUUUUUUUUUUUUUGAUUUAUAUUUUUUUUUUUAAGCCUAUGAAAUAACGGCCGAAGUGGGACACGCGACCGUUUUGCUCAGUGAUCUCUGCUGUGGAGGUGACGACCCGUCCUAGAGACGAGGCAAACUGUCCGGGGAAGGGAAGGGGCGAGGGAAGGGCUUUUGCUUUUCCCGCCUCCCUCCAAGCAACAGCAAUAAACCACCACCACCAAAAAAAAAAAAAAAAAAAAAAAAAGGCAAAGAACCCCCCUGCUUGGUAGGAAUCAUUGAAUUAAUCUUCAUCUCUUUAGUAAUCAGAUUAUGGGAACUCAAUGCAUGCAGACUGGUCUGGGGGGUCGGGAGGGAGCCGGAGGGGUUGAGGGCUGCAGCGGAGCGAUGCCCGGCCGCAGAGGACUCGGCUUCGCCCCUCAACCGGGGCCGGUUUUGUUCCCGACUCCUUUGCCGCGUCCUCUGCCAGCUGCCCUCGGCCUGGAGCGGGAGGUUUGUGCCCCGAAAUCCCGUCGGAGCCCCCGGGGGCUCGGUCGUGGGGGAACACAGGGCUUUUCUCAGAAAACACCCAGGGAAUAUUUUUAUUAGCGAAGCGGGGAGGUGCCAGCUCACGUGAACUCCCCUGGGGCUAUACGUGUCUUAUUCUCCCCCCUCCAAAUCUCUUUAGGUGGGGGGGAAAAAAAAAUCUUCUCAAAAUUUGGCACAUUUUUAUUAGUUUAUAAAGGUAUGUUUCAUUAUUUAAAAAAAAGAAACCAACCCACCAACCACCACCCUCCUUUCUGCAGUAAGAAUAACUGUUCUCAUGAGACGAUACCAAAUAUAUACGUCAAACGAAUGUAAUAUGGUUACUGAUUCCCGUCACUCUUAUGUGGAUUUUAUAUUUUAGAUAUAUUUUAAUGAUUUGUUUUUAAUAUUGAGUAUUUGGAAGGGACAGUAACUGCUGCCAUUGCCCCUUCCAGGCAGGGGAAGGUCUCGUCUCCACGACGGGGCUGGGGCAGUCCCAGGCUGAGCCCCCGCGCCGUCUUUAUUUUUUUUUUUUUUUGCUGCAAAUUCAGCCAAAAUGUGGAUUUAUGCUGGUUUUCCUGCAAAUUGGGGCAGGAGGGUGGAAAAGCAAAAAUUGGGAUUAAUUCUGGGGGAGCGGGAUGAUGCUGGAUGCACCCGCCGGGUGGGAGGAGACCCGGGAGCAACACCCCACCCCCAGCCCCCCCCCCCGGGUGAGCCAAUUUGAGGCUAAAAGCAGGGAAUUUGGAACAAACCUGACACUGAUGCUUUUAACCGUUUAUUUUCUGAAGUGGAGACCAGCCCCUCCCGCUCGAGCAGGCCCUGGGCUCAUCCUCCAAUGCCAAACCCAGCUUGAAAUUCAGCUCGUGCAGCUUCGGGAAGGCGGGUGGUUCGUCGAUGCGGGAGCACGGCAGCAGUUACUGUCCUUUAGACCGUUGCAACAACAGGGAGAUGUGGGGGAAGGCCAGGUAUUGCUGUGUGUUUGAGCAAUGAGAGAAAAAAAAAAAAGAAAAAAAAGAAAAAAACAAAAAAAAGAAGAGAAAAGAAAAAAAAAAGCUACCUCAAGGUAUGAAGUUACCUCAGCAAUUGAUUUUUUUUUUUUUUUGGGCUUGCUGAUAUUUUAUAUAAAAGCUGAUAGUCUUGAAUAUUUUAUUUUUUUAAUGAAAAGAGAAGUUAAGUUUCAUAAUUUCUUAUGAGCCAGGAGUUAUGUGCAGGUAACCAAGUGUUAUGAGCUCUCUAUGGAGAACGACAGGAAUUUCAGACAUAGUGGAAAAGAUGGCAGCAGCUUCUUUUUAGUCUUUUUAUUUUUUUUUUUUGGCCUUUUCAAGCCAGUGAAUGAAUUUCACCACAACACAAGAGCUGUCAGAUGCCGCGACUCUUUGAGACCUUGGACAAUUUGGAGCCCACCAACUUUUUCAAUUGGAAAACCUUAAUUUCUUUCUUUUUUUUUCUUUUUUUCUUUUUUUUUUUCUUUAAUUAAAUUAAAAACCCAACCAAAACCCGCCACUGGCUGAAAGGCCUUUCUCAAUCCAACUCCAUCGAGAAAUCAACUUAUUAAAGAGCUUUGGGAUCAGAAAUCUUCCACUCCCGGGGAUGCGAGGACGGACUCCUAGGCAGCGUUGACUAUGCAAAGUGGGGUACACGGGGUUUGCUGGUAUUUAAACCGCACCAGCUCAGGCGAAUUUUUUUGUUUUCAAACACUUGGAAGCCAUAUAUAUAUAUAUUUAUAUAUAUAUAUAUUUAUAUAUAUCCCAGAACCCAAACAAAUCGGCCUCCUGUGUUGCCACGGAGGCAGCGUAAAACCAUCUUCUCCACUAUGAUGCUGUUAAAUAUUUUACAGAGAUUUGCCUCCGUUUUACCGAGGAUAAGCAAUUAAAAAAAAAAAAAAAAAAAGUGAGAAGGAGAGAGAGAGAAAUUAAUGGGAGCCAAUUUUUUUUAUAUAUAAACGCACAUUGAGGAGAGAGAGGAUGAAUCCGACCCUGAGGACCGAUGGGCCUGAACCUCUCUGCCUGCUGUAAAAGGUUCACGGGGGUUUGUUGUAUUUUUUUUAAAGUCCCGUCUUGCUAUUUUUCACCAGACCUGCAGGAAAAAAGACCCUUUUUUGAAUGUUAGUUUAAAAAAAGAAUUAAAAAUUCGGUGGGGGUAAAGUAAAUUUGGGAGCGGGGGGGGGGCACUGCUGUCCCCAUCCCGCCACCCUGUGCCUCCCCCCCACACACCCCAAAAAAUCUUGGGGGGGGGGGGGGAGUGCGGGACCCGGCCCGCCACUGGCGGUAGGGAAGCGCUGACCCUUUUUCUCCCAUAAAUUUGGGGUUCAAAGGAGCAAAAAUGAGGCUGGCAGCACCCGGCCAGCAGUUCCUGCCCCUCGGGGUGGUGGGAGAAGGGCUUCCGCGGGGUUUUCCUCAUUUUUUAAUUUUUAUUUUUUUUUUAAGGAAGACUGGCAUUUGUCCUAGGAAAAAUGGUUUCUUAUUACUUGAAAUCUCUGGCUCUCUACUUUUUUUUUUCCCAGCCUUGCACAGAACAGUGUAUUCAGACAUCGGUGAUUAUAAUUGUCUCUUCCGACAGCAAGCGUUUUUGAUAACUGGUUCAAACUGUAUCAUUGAGGGAUAAAAAAACAAAAAACAAAAAAAAAAACACUUAAAAAAAAAAAAAAACAAAAACAAAAACAAGAACAAAACCCCAAAUCCCACCCCAAGCACCCCCAGUCCUGUUGAUCUGGUUGUUGCAGUGAGAAGAUCUUGACCUAAAAUCUGAUGAUUCAGGGAAACCUUUGACGCUUCCCCCCCUCCAGCUGGUCCCGCUGCUGUAACGUAGGAGCAGUCGGUGCUUUUUUUUGGGGGGGAAGGGGGCGAAUCUCUUUGUUUUCCCAAGGGAAAUGAUUUAUAUAAAGUGAUUUGCAGUAAGGAA